UUGCAAGUUCACAUGCCACUACCGCUGUCGUCCACUGAUCCGCUUAGACUGCAGCUGGGAUCGAGGUUCUUCCACUGACUACACGUUGGUUGUGGAGCACACAAUCGAAACAGAUACCAAUGUGGUGUGAUUGGGAGUGUCAGUGCUUGUUGUCUAUGUGCGCCCUGUGAUUGGCUGGCUACCAGUUCAGGGUGUACCCUGCCUGCUGCCCAAAGACGGCUUGAAUCUGGUGCAGCAUGCGCUCGAUGCUUGUGAGGGGAAGCGGCUGGAUGUUUAUUUUUGAACCUAUUUUUAUACGCAACCAGUGAUUUCCACCUUUUUAAUUCUCUUUAAAUGUUCCAUGAAUGGACACCUUUAAAAAUGACACACAUUUGCUUUGUCUGUUCUUGUCAUUGAUUUUUACAAGACACUUGCGCCCCUGAAUCAACUCUAUGAUUUCGAACAGCUUCCAGGUACUGUGGUAAAGUCGGUUAUUCUCUGUUUUGUCUAUCAUUUAUGGUGUUUUGAAUUGGGAGUUGUGAGUAUUUAAUUUGAUAAAUAUCUGAUUUGUUGAGUUUUGUCUUACCCCAUGUCUCCACUUGAUAUAUCAGUUAUGAGAGUAAUAAUGAACAACAUAAUGUAUAAAAUGAUUCCCGAUUAAGAGGUCCUUGGUUUAAUCAAGAAUACUGAUGGUUUUAAGAUAUUUUCUUUUGAGAUUUUCUAUCUGUGGUUUCCAGGAUAAUUUUGCAUCAAUUACAAUGCCAAGAAAUGUUAGUUCAUUACUACCUAAAUUAUGUUGAAAGCCCCCCAAUCCACCGCCCACCCACCACUUACAUUAUUAAUUAGUUGGACUGUGUGCGGAAAUCAUAUGACAUACAUCGGCUAAGUGACGGUUGAUUUGACGCUAUUUCCGUUGGCUUCGACAUGUGACCACUUUAACGGUGAGCACGAGACUGCGCGGCUUUUCAAUGCGCAUGCGCAGAGUACCCUUCAGUUACCUUUUUUUUGCUCUCUCGGUCACUAGUCCAAUCAGGAAGCCUGUCAGAAUCAGACGUUGCUUCCGGGUGUCACGCGUCCUAUCAGAAAACGCUGCGUUGGAUUUGUGUAUUUUCUAAAGCCAACGGUCUAACGGGCGGGGCCACGGGCCGGGCGGGGUCUCCACCCAAGUGCAUCCUGUUUCACACAGUUACACUUUUGUCGAGCGGAAACGAGGCCGGGUGAAGACGUCUGCGAGAGAGAUUAGUUGACGUUUAUUCAUUGAUCAUAGCUAUCGAUCAAGUUGUUUGAGGUAGUUCGUCACCUGUGUUUUACAUCGGCUCGCCAUAAAAGUUAAGACAGCCUCCAAGAAGCUCUUAAUUUGAUCGCUUAGUUGGAACGUAUUAUAAGUAGCUUAGGGAUUUUCAGGCCCUCAUCACCAUGUCCACGGCCAGUAGCGCAGACAAGUCGCCCUCCUUCGAGAAAACGUGGGGCAGCUCCACCAGUAGCGGAUACUGCAGCGACGAAGCGGCAGACUCCGACGCAGAGUUUGAGCAGUAUUUCACUGCCCGCACGUCCUUCUUCCCCAAGGGCCGCAAAGCGAACUCUGACGUCAAGAAGGAUGAACCAACCGAAUGUGGAAAGCAGGUGUUGACAACUGCCGAUACUCAGAAGAAGGUCAAGGAGUACAAUACUCAAAUCAAUAGCAAUCUGUUCAUGAACAUGAACAAGGAUGGUUCCUAUACCGGCUUCAUCAAAGUUCAGUUCAAGCUGGCACGGCCCGUGUCGGUCAUCCACCCGAAGAAAGCAGGAUGCGGAGGUGCGCAAAACGCCGGCUCCAGGAAGGGCGGCGGUGUGAAGCGGCGAACCUCUUUUUACCUGCCCAAAGACGCGUCCAAGCACCUGCACAUCAGCUCCCGCACGUCAGCUCGCGAAGUCAUUGAGGCCCUGUUGAAAAAGUUCACCGUGGUCGACAACGCUGGCAAGUUCGCUUUGUUUGAGCGCAGCGAGCGCCACGACCAAGUUUACAUUCGCAAGCUGUCAGACAAUGAGCGCCCCCUACCUCUGCGACUGUGUGCUGGACCCAAUGAGAAAGUGCUCAGCUUUGUUUUGAAGGAGAAUGAGACCGGAGAAGUCAAUUGGGAUGCUUUCACCACACCGGAACUGAAGAAUUUCCUGCUCAUCCUCCAGCGCGAGGAAGAGGACCACAUCAAGCAGAUCGUGGAGCGCUACAAAGUAGCUCGAGCCAAGAUGCAGGAGGCUUUAUGCGGCUCCACGCCGGGAUGAGCAUACCUUUACCCCUGCUGACGGGGAGACCUGGAACGUAGCACACCUCCGGCUGGACCGUGGCCUUCAAAACCACCAGUCGCCAAUGCACGUGACGCUCCCGUUAACAAACGAAAACUAAAAACACCUUUUCGGUGAACGAGAGUGUGAAAGAGGCGCGAGACGAUGAGAGCGUGCGCGAGAGAACGCUGACGCGAAUGUGCGUGUGAAAGAAUGCGAGAAGCAGCGCCUGACACCUUGAGAGUCUGAGAAGCAGCGCCUGACACCUGGAGAGUCUGAUGUGCCUGAGAGAAUGAGUUGAGACCAAUGAGGACUGACAGACAACCCGACGGAUGUAGUCAGUCUACUUCCUGAUGACCCUACAGUACACAGAUUUUAAUUAUUUAAUUUAAUUACAUGUUUUUUUUUUUGGCCACAUCACUUGUGCCACAGUGAACCAGUCUUGGACAUAAACACACAUUCCAAUUUUAAAACAAAAUUAGUAACAUCAGUUAUUGCCGCAUACACACAAUCAAAAAGCUGAAUGUUAAAUUCUUAAGUACCAAUAGGUGUUCUUUGGAAGUAGCCGUGCCAGUCUUGUCAUGUCCUCUAUACCCUUCAAGGGUGCAACUCAAUUUUUUUUUCCACUGUCAAUUUGUGAGCGAGGCGGUUGUGUGGACAUUGUUGUGCGAUGUUAAAUGUGUCAGCACCAGUGUCAAAAUCACUUGGAUCGACUGUGAUUGUGAAUGAAUUUCACUUAAAGCUGAUCUGUAUUUCAUGUUGUUGACUACCCCUCCCCUCGUCUUUUAAUGUACAAUGUCUUUUAAUGAUGGAAGCUCACUGAGAUGUUCUUUAUUUCAUAUUUGUUAACUCCCCUCCCCAAGCUGUUCUUUAUUUCUUGUUGUUGACUUUUUCCGUGUUUAAUCUCUUCACUCUGAUUAUUUGUUGAAUGCACAAAGUCACUUGUUGGCCAAUACUGUUCAUUUCAUCCAGAAUAAUGCAACUGUCCUGCAGAUGAUUACUAGAUUUCUCCCAUCUCUUUUCUAGUCCUCUCAUGAGUCAUCAAUUACUGACACAGCGGGCAAGAUAAGCCAUUUAAUUGCGGAUAUGUGAGCUAUACACAUUUCUGAUGCACCUGAGCUAGGUCCUAUCCCUCCUGGCUGAUGAGCAAAGCGCAGCACUCCCUGCAGUUGACUGGUGAACUGUCCAUGUUAUACCCCUUUUCUUUCACCAAAUAUGUCACCUGGAGAAACCAGUCCUGCGUCUCUUGCCAAAAGGUCGGCUGGCAUAGGGUCAAGCUCACUGAGCAACCAAGUGAGGAUUGGUGCGAUAGAAUAGAUGGCUGUGUUAAAUGGAAAUGACAAAAUUACAUAUAUAUUUUAUAUGAAGUAUAUUUUAAUUAGAGAACAAUAGCAGGGCUGUUGUCUACACCGGGUGACUAAGUGGACAUCCAAGUGGCUUCAUCACAUCCUUUCAAAUGUGACAUAUGUGCACUACUUAAAAUAAAGUAUCUAUCAGAA